UAAAAUUCUCCUGCAUCCUCUGCAGAAGUUGCUCUGCCAAAUUUCGAGUUUCUCUUUCUUAAGCCCCAGCCCCCUUCUUCCGCUUUCCUAAAUAGCCCACUCUGAAAGGUGCCAGAGGAGAGACAGCAGACAACGACCUCGAGUCUGAGACUAACAACGACCUCCAUUCUCAGCCGGCACCCCAGCCCCGAGACCUGAAAAGAUGGUGCUAGAUCUUCUGGGACGCUUUCCUCUCCUCUCACUGCUGCUGGGACUGUGGGGGCCCGUGCAUCUACUCUGGGCUUUGCCUAAGAAUCUCACCAGGGCGCAAUGGUUUGAGAUUCAACAUAUCCAGACAAGUCUUCUCCCAUGCAAUAGGUCAAUGAUUAAUGUCAACCGUUACACUCAGCACUGUAAGCCUGAAAACUCCUUUCUGCAUGACUCCUUCAAGAACGUGGCUGCCGUCUGUGACUUUGCCAACAUCACCUGCAAGAAUGGCAGAAACAACUGUCACAAGAGCCCAAAGGCUAUCAAUAUGACUCAAUGCAGCCUCCUUACAGGAAAGUAUCCGAACUGCCGCUACAAAGAGGCUGCCCUGUACAAGUUCUUUAUUGUUGCCUGUGACCCUCCGCAGAAGGGAGACCCUCCCUAUCAGGUGGUUCCCGUGCACUUAGAUAAGAUUGUGUCAUCUUUUGAUGUUGUUUUUAGUUUUUCAUCAUUGUUUAAUUUUUUGUAAUCACUUUACCUCUCACUUGGCGCAGGUUCACUAUCACUUUUGAUUUUUCUUUCCUUCUACUGAUUUCUCUGGUUUCUACAGAAGGAAGAGGACGAUGGUGGGAGACUUAGAGUAGCUAGAAUUCCAGAUAUGAGUUGAGACAAAGAGUAAUCCUUUUUCUCUCCUCUUGGAUCUCUGCAAGUUCUGAAGGAAAGUACUAGCAGAGAGGGUGAAGAAGGAUCCAGCCACCAGGUUUUUAAUCUCGCGUCUCUAACAAGAAAGCUCUGUUGCACCUUGUUGACAGCAAUAAAACCACCUUCUGCUGUAA